AUGCAAACCGCUUCCAAGAUCUUUGUCAUUGCUGGCCCCUCUGGUUCUGGAAAGUCUACUCUUCUCAAGCGUUUAUUUGCCGAAUACCCUGAUACGUUUGGCUUUAGCGUUUCUCAUACCACUCGUUCUCCUCGUGCUGGUGAAGUGAAUGGCAAGGAUUAUCAUUUCGUCGCCAAGGACGUGAUGGAACGUGAAGUGGCCGACGGCAAGUUUAUUGAAAGUGCUACUUUUUCAGGCAACAUGUAUGGCACUUCGGUCAAGGCAGUGGAGGAUGUGGUAGAAACCGGCAAGGUGUGCAUGCUUGAUAUCGAUAUGCAAGGUGUCCAAGCAGUGAAAAAGACCAACCUCAACCCUCGUUACAUUUGUAUUCGUCCACCCUCAUUGGAAAUCUUGGAACAACGUUUGCGAGGACGUGGUACUGAAAAGGAAGAAGGUGUCUUGGCUCGUUUGGAAGCUGCCACUCGUGAAUUGGAAUACGCUGAACAACCUGGCGUCUUUGAUCGCAUCAUUGUGAAUGAUGAUUUGGAAGCUGCUUACAAGUCCCUGAAGGAAGCUAUCUUUACCCAAUAG